AUGGAUACCGUCAAAUCCGCAUUUGGUGCCAUGUUUGGUUCAGAAGAGGAAAAUACAAAGCCGGUCACGUCACCAAUCCAAGUACAACGUGUAGAUGCAUAUCCUCAACUCAUCGUCUAUCACAACCCAGCCUGCGGCCCCAAACCGACACCGUCGACACUGAAGUCCAGUACGGUUCUACCCAUUCGUACUAAGAUCUCUCAACGCUUCGUCAACGACAGGGAAUGCAACUACGAAGUCCUGAUGGCCCAAUCUCACGCAUACUACGAGGAAAUUGAUACCAUUCCCGCUGUGGCUAUGGGAAAAGAUACCAUCUUUCCAUGGACAGAGCAUGCAUAUGUCAUCCAUCCAAUUCGUUUUGAUCAAGCUUGGGACUACACACCCCGAGUAUUGGAGAACAUCAAGCAGUGGAUCGAGGAAAGUGAACAGGUCUAUGCCAAUGGCCACCACCAAGUUCAAGACUUCCAUAAACGGCGAAUGGAGUCUUUAGACAUUGUGAAGAGAGAGCUUUUUCGAAGGAGAAUGCAUGAGGUGGGAGAAGAAGAGGGAUGGCUGGGAGUGUGGGAUGAAGUGGAGCCUAUCGAUGAUGAAGCCGAAGGGCAGAAUGGUCCGAACGAUAACUCAUAUCCGAUUGUGAACGAUCAGACAGCGGAGACACUUGCGAAGAUCGACGCUGCAGGCGAAGAGGGCUUGAAGCAGAAGGAACCUCAAGAGGCUUCCUCUAGGCGCUUCUCAGAAGUAGACGAGACAGUGCAGAGGAUGGUCCGUAAUCUGCGGGAGCUUGAGUAUGAGGCAGCGAUCGGCGAUGGGAAUUAA